AAGAGGAGGAGGAGGAGGGAAGGAGGAGAGAGGGGAGGGGGAAGAGAGGAGGAAGGAGGAAGGAGCUCAGGAGGGAUGAGAGAGGCGGCCAGGGCCCCGGGCCGAAGCAGCGCGGGGCCGGGGGACCAGGGGGGCUGAGACACCCCAAUUGCCCCCUCCCCCUUUUCCUGCCCCUUUCCAUCCUUUCCUUCCAGCCUCCUGCUUGAGGAAGGGGAUUUAUUCAAAUUUUAUUUAAAUCCCUAUCUCCGGAGGGUCGCGCGCUGGGGGGAAGGGGAGAGGGCGGGGGCGCGCGCAGGCUGGGGGGGCGGGGCCGAGCAGCUUCCUUCACCCCCCUCUGCUCGCCCCGUAGCAGUCGGGCAGGGGGCCGCAGGCCAGGGGCGGGCCCAGGGGAGGGGGGCAGGUUACAGGGACCCCCCCCUCCCCGGGAACCGGCGGUGGGCGGGGCUUGAACCCCGGAAACGGUGCGGGGGCCCAGGCCUGGCCCAGGACCCCUGGGCCGUGGGGGCCGGGAAGGGGCCAGUUAAAGGGUCAGGGGCGCCGGGGAGAGGCGGGGCGGGGUGGGGGGAGGGGAGCUGGGACUCGGACCCCCGGACUGAGUGGGGCCCGGGCAGAAGCUGUGCACCCUGCGCCCGAGGAGCCCCCGUUGGCCUGGGGGGGCUGAGGGACUAAGCCCCCCAGAGCAGGACCUCCCCCUGGAAGGGCCGCGCCGCAGCCCGUGGGAGGGCCUCGCCCCCGGCGCCCCCCAUCUCCACUCGCCGCCGUCCCGGCCUCCGCCGGAGGGAGGGGCCGAGCGCCCUCGGGGGGCCGUGGACCCCGGCGUUCUGAGCGUUUCGCGCCCCGUGCCGCCCGGCCCCCCCGCCGCCGAUGGCCGCCGACCCGCCGGGAGCUGCCGAGAAGGGAGAGAUGGCUCCCGGGACACGUGUGAGCCCUCGGCGUUGCUGACGCCCCCAAUGUCGUCGAGCAGCCGGGGGCCGGGGGCCGGAGCGCGCCGACGCCGAACCCGCUGCCGCCGCUGCCGGGCCUGUGUGCGAACUGAGUGCGGGGACUGCCACUUCUGCCGAGACAUGAAGAAGUUUGGGGGGCCCGGGCGCAUGAAGCAGUCGUGCCUGCUCCGGCAGUGCACUGCCCCUGUGCUCCCACACACAGCUGUAUGCCUCUUGUGUGGGGAGGCUGGGAAGGAGGACACAGUGGAGGGAGAGGAAGAGAAAUUUGGUUUGAGUCUCAUGGAGUGUACAAUCUGCAAUGAGAUCGUCCACCCUGGCUGCCUGAAGAUGGGGAAGGCUGAGGGUGUCAUCAAUGCAGAGAUCCCCAACUGCUGGGAGUGCCCUCGCUGCACCCAGGAAGGCCGGACUAGCAAGGAUUCAGGUGAGGGACCAGGCCGUCGCAGGGCUGACAACGGCGAGGAGGGCGCCAGCCUGGGGAGUGGAUGGAAGCUGACGGAGGAGCCGCCACUUCCACCACCCCCACCCAGGCGCAAGGGUCCCCUACCUGCUGGGCCCCCCCCAGAGGACGUGCCUGGGCCCCCCAAAAGAAAGGAGAGGGAGGCAGGGAAUGAGCCCCCUACCCCAAGGAAAAAGGUGAAAGGAGGCCGAGAGAGGCACCUGAAGAAGGUGGGUGGAGAUGCCUGCCUCCUCCGAGGAUCGGACCCAGGCGGCCCCGGCCUUCUGCCCCCCAGGGUUCUGAAUCCAAGCCAGGCUUUCUCGUCCUGCCACCCUGGGCUCCCUCCCGAGAACUGGGAGAAACCAAAGCCGCCUUUGGCCUCUGCGGAGGGCCCGGCGGUGCCGUCCCCAUCACCCCAGAGGGAGAAGCUAGAGCGUUUCAAGCGGAUGUGCCAGCUGCUGGAGCGGGUGCCUGACACCUCCUCGUCCUCGUCAGACUCCGACUCGGACUCCGACUCGUCAGGCACAUCCCUGAGUGAGGAUGAGGCUCCUGGGGAGGCCCGGAAUGGGCGACGGCCAGCCCGGGGCAGCUCAGGCGAGAAGGAGAACCGCGGGGGGCGGCGGGCUGUGCGCCCUGGCAGUGGGGGACCCCUCCUCAGCUGGCCCCUGGGCCCCGCCCCCCCGCCCCGGCCCCCACAGCUGGAGCGGCACGUGGUGCGGCCCCCACCUCGAAGCCCCGAGCCCGACACGCUGCCUCUGGCUGCCGGAUCCGACCACCCCCUGCCCCGAGCCGCCUGGCUUCGAGUCUUCCAGCACCUCGGGCCCCGAGAGCUAUGCAUUUGCAUGCGAGUCUGCCGGACUUGGAGCCGCUGGUGCUACGACAAGCGUCUGUGGCCUCGAAUGGACCUGAGCCGGCGGAAGUCACUGACCCCGCCCAUGCUUAGUGGUGUGGUUCGUCGCCAGCCUCGAGCUCUGGACCUCAGCUGGACAGGUGUCUCCAAGAAGCAGCUCAUGUGGCUUCUGAACCGACUGCAAGGCCUGCAGGAGCUGGUGCUCUCUGGCUGCUCCUGGCUCUCCGUCUCUGCCCUGGGUUCAGCCCCACUGCCGGCCCUGCGGCUCCUGGACCUCCGCUGGAUCGAGGAUGUUAAAGACUCCCAGCUCCGAGAGCUGCUGCUGCCUCCGCCAGACACCAAACCAGGGCAAACGGAGAGCCGUGGGCGGCUGCAGGGGGUAGCUGAGCUGCGCCUGGCCGGCCUGGAGCUGACCGAUGCCUCCUUGCGGCUUCUGCUGCGCCACGCACCCCAGCUGAGCGCCCUGGACCUGAGCCACUGCGCCCACGUUGGGGAUCCCAGCGUCCACCUCCUCACGGCCCCCACCUCCCCGCUCCGAGAGACCCUGGUGCACCUCAACCUCGCCGGUUGCCACCGCCUCACGGACCACUGCCUCCCGCUGUUCCGCCGCUGCCCGCGCCUACGCCGCCUAGACCUGCGCUCCUGCCGCCAGCUCUCCCCUGAAGCUUGUGCCCGGCUGGCAGCCGCCGGGCCCCCUGGCCCCUUCCGCUGCCCAGAGGAGAAGCUGCUUCUCAAGGACAGCUAGUUGGGUGCCCCCCACCCUCCCCCAGGACUCAUCAGGAGCCUGGACCUCAGGCCUUCAUUUCACCCCUGCCAGGAGGCCAGGUUCCCCACCUCAUGACUAGGGAUUCCUGCCCAGGGACUUGAGCCAGCCUCCCCCCCUCUACCCCCUGCACUGAUAUCUCUGGGGGUCUCUCCUUCCCAUCCCCUCCCCCUUCCACCUGCUUCAUUGUCCAUUCCCUGGGGGGAGUGGGUCAGAGGUACUGGGGGGUGCUGAGCCAAAGGGAUGGUGGGAG